AUGGCGUCGAACGUAAACCUUACCACUUCGUUCUACAACAGUUUACCACCAUCACACCGAAAACUGUACAAAAGCUACGCCCAGACAGUUAACAAGCUGAGCGCCCAAUGCAUAAGGAAAGAUUUUCUCCGACGAUGUAAAAAGUUUGGCUUACACCCCACACACAUACAAAACACCUUCCGCUGCAUAAACGGAUUAUUGGAGGAUGCCAGUCCAUACAGAGGGAAGCUGGAGAAGGCGAUGGACCGUUUCAAACGCACGAUCCUGAACGUCGAAAUCAGCGAUAGUUUUCACAAAAUCAAAACGCUAGAGAAAACGAAAGCUACCCUCACGAGCAAAAUCACGCAAGUAUCCCCCUCUAACACAUACACACAUUUCUUCGAGCGCCAGGAAACAUUCUUUCAAAGAAAAUGUCGAUCGUUGCAGAUUACGACAAGCCGCAAAUUUCAACGUCUCUACAAAAGAGUUGAAAUUGAAAAAGCAAACAAACUCAAAGUGAACGAUUCUUGGGUUAAAAACAUCACAGAUGUUGUUAUUCCCCAAGAAACGAUGGUUCUUUUGGGCUAUGGUCCCAAGUUCGCCUUGCCGUUGGAAAAUAAUCAAGAAAUUCCAUAUUUCAAGAUUAUCGCGGACUUGGAAUCAAUUCUACAGUCCGAAAGAGAUGAGAGUUUGCAAAUGGUUUGUCGCAAUCAGUACAUCAACAUAAUUCAAAAUCAUAUGAACAGGCUAACGAACGGUGGUCAUACAUCACCACCAGACACUAUCAAUCGUUUUUUGAUCGAAGCAUUUCACGUCAGCAAAAAGUUCAUCCGAGAAAAUCCAGACUUAUGUGUUGUAACCGCCGAUAAGGGUAAUAAAACAGUUAUAAUGAAGAGAGAAGAUUAUGAGUCAAAAAUGAGAGCCCUUAUUGACGACAUCGACACGUACGAAAGGAUCGACGCGGAUUGGACAAGCAAAAUUCAAACGAAAAAUAACACGCUGGUGAAAUCACUAUUCGACCAAAAAAUGAUUGAUCAACCCACCAAGAAUCGGCUAACUACAUACAACGCGACUUGCCCUAAAAUUUAUGGACUACCUAAGAUUCAUAAAGACGGCAAUCCACUGAGGGUCAUACUGUCAUGCAUAAACUGCCCAACAUAUGAUCUCUCAAAAUACCUUGCUAGCAUUCUGCAUCAUUCGAUAGACCACGAGAAAUAUAACGUACGCAACUCAUAUGAGUUCUGUACGUUUAUUAACAACGUCACACUUCCCCCCAACUAUGUAUUGGUAUCGUUUGAUGUGGUAAGCCUGUUCACUUGCAUACCGAGAGACUUGGUGGUACAAGCGGUGAGAAAUAACUGGAACUUGAUCGAGAAAAAUACGACGAUCAAAGAUCAAAAUGUUUUUAUCAAGCUCAUUGAGUUUAACAUCUCGUCCAGUUAUUUCACCUUCCGUGGGGCCUAUUACCGGCAAAAGGAGGGGACAGCCAUGGGGAAUCCUUUGUCACCUGCUUUAGCUGAUCUUGUAAUGACUACAUUACUUGAUGAUGUGCUUGCGAAGAUCGAUGUACACAUUCCAUUCGCCGCUCCGGUCGAUGUUCCGGCCUUUGAGCCUGUUGGUGUGCUAGAUCGUGAGGCUAGCUCCACCAACCGCUUCUUCACAUUAUCGGGGGCCGCUUCCCCCGGGGACUGCUCCGUUCGCUUACCAACCUGCCCCGUAGAGCAGAUCGCGGCGAAUGAGGGCAUCAGUCUGAACCUGCUUGGAUUCAGUUGCCCUCCUGGUUCUCGUCCCCUUUUCGGAGGCUUCAACCCGAGCCACAAGUUCGGCGUGCUCCUUUUGAGCUUCGUCGAUGGUAGCCCGAAGCAGGAGGAGGCCCUGCUUCAGAUCCCUGGACAUAUUGCUCCUAUUCGCCGUGAACUCGAUGAUGGCAUCGAGCUGUUCGGAAAGCGCUGCCAACCUAGGCCGCUUGUCCCUGCUCUUUUCGAUGGCCUUGACUAG